CUUUAUUUAUCUGUUUUCUCUCUCUCUCUCUCUCCCUUUGCUUAUUUAAAAACCUACCAUUGGCUGUCUUCGAUGUCCUAAGAUCUCACACGUUGCCAUCUUCUCUGCUUUCUUUCAUACCCUGUUCCUUUUAUCUACUCUCUUCAGGUUUCAAAAAGAUAAACAAGAAGAAGCUAAGUUAAAAAAAGAUGACUAACCAACAGAAUGUGGUGGUUCUUGAUGUGAUAUCGCAUGGUGUUGGGAAGGUGUUGCCUCCCUCGUCUCUGACAGUGGCUAAGUCAUUUUCACCUCAAGACCUUAAGAUGCUGUUGAUGAAGAAAUUCGAAACUGAAAAAGGAGGGGCUAAAGUCAAUGCCUGGUUGGAUUCCAUGAGAGCGUCUUCUCCGACCCGUAUCAGGUCGACUACUGUUUCCUUGCCCGAAACCGAUGACAGAAGCUCCUGGAUUGUACAUCAUCCCUCGGCUUUGAGCAUGUUUGAGCAAAUAGUAGCUGCAUCAAGAGGGAAACAGAUUGUAAUGUUUCUUGAUUAUGACGGCACGCUCUCUCCGAUCGUUGAAGACCCGGAUCGAGCUUUCAUGCCUAAAGAGAUGAGAGCAACCGUGAGAGACGUCGCCAGAUAUUUUCCGACGGCAAUAGUGACCGGGAGGUGCAGAGACAAGGUCUACAGCUUUGUAAAAUUAGCUGGACUUUAUUAUGCUGGUAGCCAUGGUAUGGACAUCAAGGGACCAUCUAAAAGUUGCAAAUACAAGAAAGUAAGAGUAUCAAAUGGUAACCAGGGAGUUCUUUUCCAGGCUGCCAGUGAAUUCUUGCCCAUGAUUGAAGAGGUUUACAGAGCUUUGGUAGAGAAAACAAAAUCCAUUGCAGGAACCAGAGUGGAAAACAACAAAUUCUGUGUCUCCGUACACUUUCGCUGCGUGGAUGAAAAGAGCUGGGUUGCACUAGCCGAACAAGUGAGGUCGGUGCUCAGCGAGUACCCCAAGCUUAAACUAACUCAAGGCAGGAAGGUAUUAGAGAUCCGACCCACCAUCAAAUGGGACAAAGGAAGAGCCCUUGAAUUUUUAUUGGAGGCACUAGGUUACGCCGAUUCAAAUGAUGUUUUACCGGUUUAUAUCGGCGAUGAUCGAUCCGAUGAAGAUGCAUUUAAGGUUUUACGUGAGAGAAGGCAAGGGUUUGGUAUUCUUGUUUCCAAAUUACCCAAAGAAACAAACGCUUCUUAUUCUCUUCGGGAACCAGCUGAGGUGAAGGAGUUCCUGAGGCGUUUGGUGGACUGGAAAAAAUUCACACAGAGAGAGCUUAGAUGUGCUUAGCUUUACGCAUUGUAUUUCAAUCCCACCCUGCAUAUAUGAUUAAAGCCGUGGAGGGUGGAAGUAAUGUAUUUUCCUUGUUUUAGAGAGAACUCCCAAUUGUAAUUAGCUAACUACCAUUAUGUUCAAGAGGCUGUAAUUUAGGCCCCCACCCCCCCAAAAAAAUGGAAAAUCUUUCAACU